AUAUUGGCGCAUGAUGACGAGUCGUUGCGUCUCGCUGCUGUCAGUUGGUCCUUUCGUGGUGGGUUCCCGUUGUCGCCUCACAGCGGCUGGCACUCUUCCGCAGCGGGUCUCGGGCCGCCGAGCGCCAUCUUCAUCCAGCGCCAUGGCUGUGGCCGCUGUCGGCCGCCCUAGAGCCGUGCGCUGCCCGCUGUUGCUCCCCCUGUCAUUCCUGCUGGUAGCCGGUCCUGCGCUGUGCUGGAACGACCCCGACAGAAUACUCUUGCGGGAUGUGAAAGCUCUUACCCUCUACUCCGACCGCUACACCACCUCCCGGAGGCUGGACCCUAUUCCACAGUUGAAGUGUGUUGGAGGCACAGCCGGUUGUGAUGCCUAUACUCCCAAAGUGGUACAGUGCCAGAACAAAGGCUGGGAUGGUUACGAUGUACAGUGGGAGUGUAAGACCGACUUGGAUAUUGCAUACAAAUUUGGCAAAACUGUGGUGAGCUGUGAAGGCUACGAGUCCUCUGAAGACCAGUAUGUACUCAGGGGUUCCUGCGGCUUGGAGUACAACUUGGAUUACACAGAGCUGGGCCUGAAGAAAAUGAAAGAGUCUGCAAAACACCAGGGCUUCUCUGAUUACUACCACAAGCUGUACUCCUCGGAUUCCUGUAGCUUGGUUACCAUUGCAGUACUGUUUCUUCUUGCCUUUGUGGUUUAUAAACUGUUCAUCAGCGAUGGCCAGGGAGCGCCUCCACAGUAUUCUGAGCACCCGCCAUACUCUCAGAGGUUUACCAGCGCUGCAGGAGCCCCUACCCCAGGCUUUAAGUCUGAGUUCACAGGACCACAGAAUACUGGCUAUGGUGCAAGCUCUGGCUUUGGGAGUACUUUUGGAGGCCAAGGCUGGGAGAGGUCAGGGCCAGGAUUCUGGUCUGGCCUGGGCGCUGGCGGAUUGCUGGGAUAUCUGUUUGGCAGCAACAGGACAGCGACCCCUUUCUCAGACUCGUGGUACCAUCCAGCCUACCCUCCCUCCUACUCUGGCUCCUGGAACAGCCGGGCCUACUCAUCAAUGGGUGGAGGUGCAGGGAGCUACCACACAUCCUCCAAUACAGGCUCGGGUACCAGAACAGCCUCAGGGUAUGGCGGCACCAGAAGACGGUAGAAUAGGAAGUUGGAGGCAAACACUGGUGUAAAGUUUCUGAUUUGUCAUCACCAUCUCUUUAACACCUGGAUAAUGGGAAUAUCCAAAAGUUGUGUGUGUUUGAUGUUUGUGUAGCUUUUUUUGUCUUGUUGUUUGUGGCCAAGAGUUGAUAUGUGACAGAAUACUUAUGUUUUAUAUGAUAAUGUAACAUGCAGUUCAAAGUGAUGGCUACUGUGGAAUGCUGAAAUUGUCAUGCUUGUUUCUAAAGCCUUUUGUCCCAGAGGGAGCAUUAAUAAUGGAGCACCCCCCUCCUCCUGAGACUGAGCACAGACUGCCCAAGCUGAGGUGGCUGGAUGGUGAGUCAUUCCCUUGUAGAAACAACAAUCCUGUAUUGGAUAUUACAUUAACAUGACAAUAAAAUUAAAAAGCCAGGA